AUGACUGAGUUCAAGGAAGAUAAAUUCUUUAAUAAAUCUGGAGAUUCGGAGGAUUCUGCUGACAAGCUGAAAAAGAAAAUACAAAAAUCUAAACAUUAGGGUGGAAUCUCGACGUCUUCUAAGAUUAGAGAAAUGUUUAAAAAACAACAAUUUAAGGAGAUUGUAAAUUGGGCUGAGAAGGAUACCAGCAACACGAUUAUCCAUGAAUAUGAUGAGAUUAAGGUGAAUUCACAAACUUUGAAAGUAGGAUAAAAUGCAUUAAUUAAAAAUGCGAAUAAUCCAUCUGAAGAUUAUGUAGGAAAAAUAUAAAGAAUAAUUACAAUUAAUGAAAAUAAAUCAUCUAAACUUAUUUGUCUAUGUGAAGUCAGAUGGUUUUAUCGUAAAAGUGAAGUCAUUAAAUUUAGACCUUAGGCUAAGAGUUGGAUUUCCAACAGUGAGGUUUUUAGUACUACUUGUACAGAUUAUAUAUUGGCAUCAGCCAUCUUAUCUCCUUGCAUCAUAUACUCUUUAGAAGAAUAUGAAAGUGCACAGACUUUGGAUAAAUGCACAUUCUUUACCAGAUUAGGAUGGAUACCAAGUAAAAACAGAUUUGAAGGUUACACAAAAUUGUAAAAUCAUUGUACUUGUAAAUAACCAUUGAAUCCUGACUUGCCAUCAAUCUAGUGUGAUAAAUGCCAGAAAUGGUAUCAUAUGAAUUGUGUUGGAGUUACUAAAGCGGACUAUGAUUAAAAAGAAUACAUCUGUGGAUGUUGUAGAUGA